ACUGCGCAUGCGUGUUAAAUGACUCGGUGGUCGCUGGGAAGAAAGUGCGUUGGAUGACACCACUACACACUGUAUUGUAAGGAUUGUGUAGUUGUAUUAGUGCUUUAAUUUACUAAAAUGGCCGGGAUUAAAGCUCUCAUCAGCCUGUCCUUUGGGGGUGCUGUUGGACUCAUGUUCCUAAUGCUGGGAUGUGCCCUGCCUGUGUACAAUAAAUACUGGCCGCUGUUCGUCCUCUUCUUCUACAUCCUGUCUCCUCUGCCCUACUGUAUCUCAAGACGGGUGGUGGAUGACACAGACUCCGCCAGCAAUGCUUGCAAAGAGCUGGCCAUCUUUCUCACCACUGGAAUCGUGGUGUCGGCUUUCGGGCUUCCCGUCAUUUUCGCGAGAGCAGAAGUGAUAGCUUGGGGAGCCUGCGCACUAGUGCUAACAGGCAACGGCAUCAUCUUCGCCACCAUCCUGGGCUUCUUCCUGGUCUUCGGGUCUAACGACGACUUCAGUUGGCAACAGUGGUAAAGCUGCGUGGGACCUGCUUCCAAACUCUCAGACUAUUGUUACUACUGCUACUGUUUUUAUUAUUAUUGUUAUUAUUGUAAAUGUCAUUAUUAUUUAAAAGACCGGCCAUCUGCAAACAAGGACACACACACACACACACACACACACACACAAGAAAAACCAGUGCAAUAAUUUUAAUUGUGUUACUAUUUUUCCAGCAUGUUAGAAGGUGCUGGAAUCUGACUUACACUCGGACAGUUGUUUAUUUCUCUUGCAAACAAACUUCCCUUGAAUGUAACGAACAAUAAAGGGCGGCCGAGAGCUUCUCCUGGGCCCCCUCAUGGCACAGAAAACGCAAGACCCACCAGGCCUUAGAGCAAGCAGCGGCUACAUUUCACAGUUCCAUGUUAAUACCCAUAUACAUCUGAGGACAUGCGCUUUUAAUAGGAAGUUAACCAAAAUGUGUAACAGUCUUUCGCAAUGUGGUCAACCCUUCAGAUCCCGUGUCUGCGUUUGUAUGCUUCACUGAAGGAUGAGAAGAGUUGACCCUGUCAGAGGAGAAGAUGUACACAGAAAUGAGCGGUCACCUGAGGUUUGAAACCUGUACUCAUCUAUGAGUACAUAUAAUGAGUGCGUACCUGGUUCAAUAAAAUUAAAUACAGGGCUUUCCCCAAUGUAGAGACUGCUUUUUACUCCCUGCACACAGGCUAUCAAUGUUUGCAAAACACACAAUCGAUUGUCUUGGUUGUUUGUCUUGAGUCAGGACUGUCCUAAACAUUGACGUCAUUUGAUGUCAAGUGCAUUGAAAGGGAUUCACUGUAUGUGCUGUGCUGCUGUUGACAAAUUAACAGGUAUUUGAUAGAUAUAAGGCUGAGGCAUUGUCCAAUGCAACGUGUGCAUUCAUAGGCAGAACUAAUGCCAAUCCCUUGCUAUUGUAUUCACUGACAUGGAGAGAUGCUUGUAACAAACUUAAGUUUCAGGUGCACCAUGUUCAACCGAGUCACUGCAACCUAAUGAAAGUGUGUCCUGGUUCCCUGGCGACUUUUCAGAGUGCUAUACCCUGGAGCCAUACUCUGAAAACCCUCAAUUUUGGCACAUUCUUGCUUAUAGUAGCACAUACGCUGUCGCCUGCUUAUCAAAAAAUGUUUGAAAAUAAAUUGAAAUGGCCCCUUUGUUGUUAAGAUCAACGGUAUGGCGAGUAUUUAUUUUUCAAGGGUCAGAAAUGUUACCAUAUGACAUUUUUUUGGAAAGACUGUUACAUAUUGUAAGUUAACGGCAGUUUAAAUAGAGGAAUUCUAUUUGCCCACGUGAACCGCACCUUAUACUCUUCACAUACGACGCACUGACGCAGCUAAGUAGUGCUUUUACCUUUUCUGUUGAAUUCUAUGUGUUUAUUCUAAACGUGUCAGUUUCUAAAAUGGUGAAUAUUUAUGUAAUUACAAUUUCUGUACUUUCAUCUCAUUAUUGUUUUAUGCUACUGUUGUCUUCAGAGUAGUUUCUCACCUUCAUCGUUGUGACCUGGCUUAUUCAAAAUGUCUUGGGAGAAUGCCAAUUAGAAAACAUGAGGGGUAUUUUUUUGUUUGUUUUUGUUUUCUUGAUUACAGGUUUUCUAGUGGCACCCAGAUUUUAAAAAAAUGUAUUUGUAACGAGAUAAAAGUUGAAUGCGUAUUUUAUUGCACGUUACCCCCAACAUACAGUGGGUGCACUGGGCAUCAGGACACAUAUUUAUUAUUUGUUAUUAUUUUCCAAUAACAAGCAGCCAUUAGUUUGUGAUGUCAUAUUACCUGUAGAUUGAAAAUCACUUGCGGAUUCCAACCCACUUCCCCUCAGAAAGAAAUAUAAUCUUAUGUCAAACACAGGGAGAAUUGUUUUAUAUACAUGGGUAACAAAAGUUGAUCAAAAUGCUGGUUUGUAGAUGACCUCAAAAGUAUUAUGCCUAAUGUAUUUUGCAUCAGUGUGAACUUACCAGUUUGGGGUCAGUUUUGUUUCAAUACAGUCAAUUUAAAUUUGUUUAAGGAAGAACACAAAAUGUUCCACUGAAUUGAAUUAAUUGAAAUGCCAUUGACCACAACCCUGGAACAUCUGAUGCAAGCUGUUCUAAUGUGGCACUGUUCAUACUCUUCGUCAUUUCUGUCACCUUAUAAUUUCACUUUUGCUGUUCAUCACUGUUAUGUACACAUAAAAUGAUUAAGAGUAUUGUGAUUUGACGAAAUAUUUUAUGGACGUACCUAUUUAUACGUGUGGAUGUGUUACAGCAGUGGGAUUCAUGGGUACAAAUUUAAGUAGCAUUUUGUUGAUUCAUGCAUUUAUUUUACUAAAAGCUUUGUUAUCAUUUGUAGUUUAUUUUUUUAUAUCUAUAAAUAUGUUGAUCAGAUGUGCCGAACCAUUUCAUAGUGUUGAAUCUGGAAUCCUUUUUGUGGGAGAAAAAAUAAAGGAAUCACAUUUUGUAA